AUGCCCAUUGCUCACUUCAGUAGCAACGAGACCGGUCCCCUUCCACUGGUCGAUGUCGGCCUUGGAAGCCCUCCUCAGACGGUCAAAGUGAUUAUCGACACUGGCAGCAGCGACCUGAUCUCACCAGAGACCGGAAGCUCCGUCUGCAAGAAGCCCCAGCAGCUCUGCACGCAGAACUCGUUCGGCCUGGUCCUGGGCUCCUUCAGUCCAAAUGCCUCAGCUGGUGUCGAGGAGACUGAUAACCGCCUCGAUAUCACCUUUGGGACAGGAGAGUCUUACCAAGGGCCUUAUGUGAAGGCCGAUAUCGUACUUGGUGACAACAAUCAAACCGUGCCGGCUGCCCAAUUUGCGCUCCAAGAGGAAGGCUUCGUACCUGACGGUGUCCCUUCCUUCGCUGUCUUUGGAGUUGGCCCGGUUGGAAACGAGGCGUCUAACAACUCGUAUUCGAACGUCCCAAUUCGAAUGAAGGAAGCCGGAGUCACCAAGACAAGCGCAUAUGGCGUUUACCUCAACGAUUUCAGGGGCCCGCCAGGAUCCAUCGCGUUUGGCGGCGUAGACAAGGCCAAAUUCACUGGAGAGCUCCAAGCAGUUCCCCUGCUCGCCGAUGACCAGGGACAAUUCCCACAAUUCGUCGUCAACUUCAGCUCCGUUGCGCUUGCCGAAGGGGCUGGGCAGAAUGGAACGGCCAACAAACUAUCAUCCGCAAACCUUCUGAAAGAGACACUACCCGCCCUCCUCGACACUGGCAACCCCGAGCUCGACCUUCCUACGGACACAGUCCGAGCAAUGGCUCAGGCACUGGGCGUCGAGACACGGACGAAUAAGAAUUCCGUCUUGCUUGGGGAUAUCCCUUGCAGCCUCGCCUCCAUGUCCAUGGUCUUUGGGUUCGAUAAUGACGCGACUAAGAUCAACGUACCUCUCGACCUCUUGAUGACCCCAGCCGCCACGGCUGGGCAAUGUUCCAUUCCAUCGAUCAUAGGUGUUGAAAAUGGUGUGCUCGGUGGGCUCACUAGUUUAGGAAACCCGUUGCUCCAGGCCAGCUACGCCGUUUUUGACAGCGAGGGGAAGAAAAUCAUGCUCGGACAGGCCAUAAUGAAUGUAACAGAAAGUAACUUGGUCGAGUAUACCGGUUGA